CCUUUUACAGAAGCAGUUGUAAAUUAUCAGGGGUUGUUAUGGGGGAAGUUAUAAAAAUUAGGCCCGUUUGCGUGGAAUUUAGAAGGUUUUUGGGCGAUCUGAUUGAAGUUUUCAAGACAAGGUAAAACUGUGGCAGAAUGUUUCUUACGGCAUUUCUGCUUCGGAAAGGAAUUCCAGGCAAACAGUGGAUAGGAAAAUACAGACGCCCUAGACAAAUUACCUGGCAAAUGAAGCGUAAUGUAAUUAAAAGGCUGGAAAUCGAAAGGGAGACAGAGUACUGGCUGAGCCGCCCCUGGAUGACUGUAGAGCAGGAAAGGGGUCAUGCAGCACAACGCAGAGCUGAACGUUGGGAGGCUUUCAAGAAUGCCAAAUCUGCAAACUUCCCUGAAUCCAAAUAUAUUGAAGAACAUUUAAAUCACUUGAAUGUAACCAAAAAGUGGGGCAUGUGAAAAAUUUGGCAGAGGUAUCUUUUUUAAUUAUGUUACCAAAUCCACUGAUGGGAUUUUAAAAGUGCCUCCUGGUAAUUAUUGUGAACUCAACUAGCAAUAAAGUUGUGUGUUAUGUCUAAUUAUUUAAUUUUGGAAAUUGCCUGUUGUAUUCAGAGCAGUUGGGUAAUUUUAUGACUUGAUAAUUGAUGUAAAGAUUUCCACUAUUUCCACUGUCCCUUCUGGACCUUAUACAUCUAUUCAUGACCACCCUAUUUCAGUAGGCCAGAAAACUUUUAUUAAAGAAUGAGAUUAAUUCUAAAAGUGCCACUUCUAUUUUCUUCAUUCAUACUUUCAUGCUUACACUCAUUUCCUGGAAAUGGCAGGAGUUCAGCUUUUGACCUGCAUUUCAAGUACAGAUCUUGUUGGCAUUUAUUCCUUAAGACUUGUUAUAUGAAGAACAGGGAGAUUUGAAGAUCUUCUUCCUGUUCCUCAAUCUACCCAAGAAUGCAAUAGACUUUUUUAUAUUAAAUUCCCACUUGCAGCUCAUCAAACUGAUACAAAUGAAGAGUAUCGUGGUUUGAAUCUGCAGUCUGUGCUAAGAUAUGCUUAGUCCAAGCUGUACUCGGAGUACAACAAAUGUCUUCCAUGUGUCUGCUAUAUAGAACACUGGUAGGAGUUUCUGCUUUUGAUGAUUAUACAGCAACCUCUGUUGCAGGUGUCAGCGUUCAGCAGAGAACAGUUUGCUGGAUUUAAUUGUCAAGGCACAAAUGAAUAAUGCCAAGGUUCUUAAGGGCGGUCAGGAUCCGUGGAAUUGUGCCUUUACAAUGAUGAUGUUUCUUUCAAAAGUCAUUCUGAAAAGCAAGUAUUAAUUUUAUGGAGAUCACCUCAGUGUUCCCAAAGCUUAAUUUUAUCAAUAUGCAUCAGUUUAUUCUCUGGCUCACUGUGAUCUGCAUCAGGUGUACAAUUCACUAUUCCUAUUACUGGAUGUUGAUCAUAGUAUAGAAAAUUACAUUCAAAAGUACUGAAAUCUUAAAAAAUUUACAAAUAAUGUGUAACAGUUAUCAUUUGUAAAUUAAAAUUUUAUUUCAGAAG